CAGCCCUACUCGUAUCACUGUUAUCUGUCAGUAGUCUAUAAUCUGUCUAUUGAAUUUCCUAAAUUCUAGAAUCAUUCCGAUUAGCAAUCAAAUUGUGAAAUAAUAAAGCCGGUAUUUUCUAAAUUGAAUAUCAGGUAAAAUAGUUAUAAGAAGUUGUAAACAAAAGAAGGUAAAAGGAGUUUCGUUUGUAUUAUAAAACACAUUUCUCCGUAAAAUGACCCACGAUCCUGAAAAAUUUGAUUCCAUGCUUCUUGCUAUGGCGCAGCAACAUGAAGGAGGAGUUAAAGAUUUAUUGGAUACAAUAGUAGGAUUUCUAGCAAGAAAAACUGACUUCUUUGUCGGUGGAAAGGAAGGUGAAUGGGAAAAGGUGGUUAAAGACACAUUUUACAAACAUUCCGCUAAGGCUAGAGAGGAGAAAGAGAAGAUAAAAAGAGAUAAACUGGAAGCUGAAAAGAGACUAAAGGAAAUACAACAGAAAAAAGAACAAGAACGUCUAGCUAAAGACUUUGAACCAGCUACUGUUACCGAAUUAACUGAUCAGGAGGCAGAAAAUUUACAAAAUGACCUAGAAAAAAAUAAACAGAGCAAGGAAGAAGAUGGUAGUGGAGAUAGUGCAUCAAAUGAUCCAGAAACUUCCACUGUACCGGAUGAAGAAGAUGAUCCCAAAGAAAAGAACAAGUUAAAACCUAAUUCUGGCAACGGAUGUGACCUAGAAAAUUACAGAUGGACACAAACAUUGGAAGAGGUUGAGUUACGUGUACCAUUACGUCAAGUGCUGCGUCCACGGGAUUUGACCGUUGUUAUUAGCAAACGUCACCUCAAAGUGGGCAUUAAGGGCCAGCCGCCUAUUAUUGAUGGCGAUCUAGAUGCCGAUGUGAAGAUUGAGGAAUCCACGUGGGUGCUUCAAGAUGGCAGGACUUUGCUGGUUAAUUUGGAGAAGGUUAACAAAAUGAACUGGUGGGGUCGUCUUGUGUCAACGGAUCCCGAAAUAUCGACUAAAAAAAUUAAUCCAGAACCAUCAAAGCUGUCUGACUUAGAUGGAGAGACCAGAGGUCUAGUUGAGAAGAUGAUGUACGAUCAAAGGCAAAAGGAGAUGGGAUUGCCAACCAGCGAUGAACAGAAGAAGCAAGACGUACUUAAGAAGUUCAUGGAACAACACCCCGAAAUGGAUUUCACAAAGUGUAAAUUUAAUUAAUCUUGAAUUAAAAUAUUAACCGUUACAUUUGAAUGGAACUUAAGUAACCAUUAGAACCUGUAUUCUAAAACGUUAACUAAGCACAAAUUCUAAUCUCAAGUUCUCAAUCUGGCAAACUUUGUCUAUAUAUAGUCUAUGAUGUUUCACAUUUUUGACAGUGCUCGGGAAAAUAUUGUGUCUUGACGUUUUGGUUUACGAACCUAAGAGCUUGUCCAGAAAGGGCGAAUUCAUACGCGCGUUGGCUAAGUACUGGGAGCCAUCAGCCAAUACAUCGCGUGCACUUCGCCAGACUCUCGACUCGCGCUUGAUACGCGCGUAUUGCGCGCGAGUCGAGAUACUAGGGACGCCUUGUUGCGUCCAGUUAACGCGCGAACUCUAGAGCUUCUUUCGUACUGAAUAAAACUCCUUCUUAAUUCCUCCCCAAAUUCUCGCGCGUUGGUACGCACCUUAUGGACGCGUAAUACGCCCGUGAAAAUCGCGGCGAAUUUGCCCUUUCUGGACAAGCUCUAAAAGACAGAGUGCGAACUUAAUUUCCCAUCUGACUUAAUAGUCCGUAAUCGUAUAGAUUUUGAUGGGUGGGAUAUUUAUUCAGUACUUAAACUUGUCUAUUAAUCUUAGCCAUAGACACGUACAUUUCAAUUGUCUGUCAGGCAAUUUCUCAAUAUGUAAUUAAGUUAAUGUAAAAGGCCAACCUUCAGUUUUCGAUUACUGACCUUAUUAAUUUUUGUCUUACUAGUCGUUUGUAAUGUAUAAUUAUUGCUUAUCACGACUACUAGUUGGAUCGCAACAGAUUACAACCCAGCUGAGCUGUCAUAAAUAAAGUGUUUUUUUA